CUGACUCUCAGACCUUCUCCAGUCAUAGGAGCCUGAGGAAGAGUCAUGAUGUCUGAUGCCAGGGUUUCCUCCGUCAUCCAGGAGUGGGCGAGUUCCUUCUCAGGUCAGGUCCCUGCCAUGAACCCAUCCGUCGCCUCCUCCAGCCAGGCCGAGGCCUCCGCUCAGAUGUCUCACAUGGAGAUGAUGCCAUACGGCCAGGCUCAGGGAAUGUUGAGGGAGGGCGGUGACGACAGUGUGGCCGAGCAGAUGAUGGGUCUGUCCUACCUGCCGUACUCAACGUCCUGCCUCGGCAACCCCUCGAAUGCGGCCAGCAACAACCACCACCAGAGCCACACCGGCACUCCACAGGAAUUCUCUCCCUUCCUCCUGCCGACGCUGAGGGCCCCGUUGACCAAGAGGAGCAUCAGCAAGGACAGCGUUGAGUACCGGCAGAGGCGCGAGAGAAACAACAUCGCCGUGAGAAAGAGCCGGGACAAGGCCCGCAGGAGGAUCCUGCUGACCCAGCAGAGGGCCAUGCAGCUGCAGGAGGAGAACCAGAAGCUGCAGCUGAGGAUAGGGCAGCUGACGCAGGAGCUGGAAACUUUCAAACACAUCCUGUCACAGCGACACUUGCAGGGGGCCGAGGAGGGCGCUGCAGGGGAGUCCGGUAUCUGAGCAUCACCUUCUCAUCUACACCCAGGUCCAGGCAUCAGAUCUGUUCUUAUGGCCUCUAGGUAUCUCUCCAAUACUCACAGUCCAGAGCCUGCAACUGGUUUAUUUUAAGCCGAGAAGAAGACGUGUGUGAUCAUUUACAAAGUCCUCUUUAAAAUUAGUGUUGUGGGGUCGUGAGGUAUUAAGUGUUUAAU